AUGCUUCUUACCUUGAUCGCCGUGCUCGCUUCGGCGUGGCCCGCGGCGGCAGCGGCAUCGCAACCACCGAGCGGAACAUGCCAGCGGCGGUGCGGCGACGUGGACAUCCCGUACCCGUUCGGCAUCGCCCGCGGGUGCUACCUCUACACGGGCGAGAACGACGUGACCUUCGGCCUCACCUGCAACCUCACCGCCGACGGCACCUACAGGCCCUUCUGCUUCGAGGUCGAGGUCCUGGGCGUGUCCGUGGCCCGCGGGCAGGCGCGCGUCCGCAACGAGAUCAACCCGUGGUGCUACAACGCCACGUCCCGGUCCAUGGACGGGGGGAGCAGCAUGUGGACGGACUUCUCCGACUCGUCCUUCAUGCUGUCCGACGAGGACAACCGGUUCACCGUGGUCGGGUGCAACUCGCUCGCCUACGUGAGCUCCAAGGACGCGUCCCAGUUCGCGACGGGCUCCACGUACAUGACCGGGUGCAUGGCCACGUGCCCGGGCGCCGGCCGGCUGGAGAACGGCUCCUGCUCCGGCAUGGGCUGCUGCCAGGCGGCCAUCCCCAGGGGGAUCAACUCGUACGACGUGGUGUUUGAGGAGAAGUUCAACACCACCGCGAUCGCUAACUUCAGCCGGUGCAGCUACGCGGUCCUGGUCGAGGCGGCGUGGUUCGACUUCCGCACCACCUACGUCACCGCCGGCGACUUCAUGGCGUCCACCGGCGGGAAGGUUCCGCUGGUGCUCGACUGGGUGGUAGGGAAGGUGACGUGCCGGGAGGCGAUGCGGAACACCACGGCCUACGCCUGCGUCAGCAGCAGCAGCGUGUGCGUGGAUUCGAGGAACGGCCCGGGAUAUCUCUGCAACUGCUCUCGUGGGUACCAAGGCAACCCAUACAUGCAAGGCGGCUGCCGAGAUAUUGACGAGUGCGGCGAUGGUGGAAUCAGUUACCCGUGCUCUGCUCCUGGUACCUGCAUCAACACCCCGGGAGGAUUCAGGUGCGCUUGCCCUGACAAGACAACAGGCAACGCUUAUACUGGCACAUGCGAGGCCAAGAAAUCUCAACUUGGAGCGCACAUUGCAAUUGGUGUUAGCAUCAGCGUAGUUGUACUGGUAAUUAGCAUGUCCUGCGCCUACCUGAUCCACGAAAGGAGGAGCCUCGCCACCGUAAAGCGGAGGUACUUCAAGCAGCACGGAGGCCUCAUGCUGUUCGAGGAGAUGAAGUCAAAGCAAGGAGUGUCCUUCACGCUGUUCACCAAGGAGGAGCUAGAGGAGGCAACCGGCAGAUUCGACGAGCGAAAUGUGAUCGGGAAGGGAGGCAACGGCACUGUCUACAAGGGCACCCUCAAGGACAGCCGAACAGUGGCCAUAAAGCGGUGCAAGCUCAUCAACGACCGGCAGAAGAAGGAGUUCGGGAAGGAGAUGCUCAUCCUGUCCCAGAUCAACCACCGGAACGUCGUCAGGCUCUACGGCUGCUGCCUCGAGGUGGAGGUCCCCAUGCUCGUCUACGAGUUCGUCCCCAACGGCACCCUGUACCAGCUCAUCCACCGCCACGGAGCGCGCGCCCCCCUGCCCCUGGCGACGCGCCUCAAGAUCGCGCACGAGGGCGCCGAGGCGCUCGCGUACCUGCACUCCUGGGCCUCGCCGCCGAUCAUCCACGGCGACGUCAAGUCGCCCAACAUGCUCAUCGACGACGGCCACACCGUCAAGGUCUCCGACUUCGGGGCCUCCACGCUGGCCCCGACGGACGAGGCCCAGUUCGUGACGUUUGUCCAGGGCACCUGCGGCUACCUCGACCCGGAGUACAUGCAGACCUGCAAGCUGACGGACAAGAGCGACGUGUACAGCUUCGGCGUCGUCCUCCUGGAGCUGCUCACCCGGAGGAAGGCGCUCAACCUUCAGGCCGCCGAGGGCGAGGAGAAGAACCUCUCGUCGCACUUCCUUCUCGCCGCGAGCGCGAGCAAGCUGGACGAGAUAGUGGACGCCCAGAUCGUGGACGAGCAGAGCAUCGAGGUGAUUGAGCAGGUGGCAGAGAUAGCAAAGCAGUGCCUGGAGAUGGGCAGCGAGAGGAGACCCUCCAUGCGCGAGGUUGCAGAAGAGCUUGGCGGGCUAAGGAGGCGUCUGCUUGCGCAGCAUCCGUGGGGCCAAAAGAGUUCCGAGGAGACGGAAGCCUUGCUUGCUGUUGGGUCGCCACCGCCAGCAAGCAAUUGCUCCGAGAUUGAGCUUAGCAAUGCAUAUGUCAGCCUGGACGAUUCUGCGUAUCUGGGAGUGCAAUCCCCACGGUGA